ACUGUUUUGACCUUAACAAUGCUGCCGCUUGCUAUUUGGACCUUGUCGUUCCUCUGCGCAAUCCAAGCGAUGACUCCAGCGACCGAAACAGCGUGCAAGCUGCGAGAAAAGUUUAAUCCUGGCGUGUCUCAACGUGGAGAUGUCAUCCUGGGCGGUUUAUUCCCGUUACAUUUCAGAACGGCUCCUGUGUACAACACGUUUCGCAAUAAGCCUCAGCCAGUUCGCUGCCUUCAGUAAGUUCCGACACAGGGAGCUCCGCUGGGCGCACACCAUGAUCUUUGCAAUAGAGGAAAUAAACAGCAACGCUCAGCUCCUUCCCAACCUAACCCUGGGCUAUCAGAUCUUUGACAGCUGCCAUACACACUCGGAAUCACUCAAAGGAGUCCUCAAAUUACUGAACAAGGAAGAUGGGCCUGAAUCAAGCUCCACGUGCGCUGAACUCCCCUCGGUCUCCAUCGUGGUGGGAGACGCGGCAUCCUCAGAAUCAAUCGCCGCGUCCCGCCUGCUGGCUCCAUUCCACAUUGGCCUGAUCAGCUAUUCUUCUUCCUGCACCUGUCUGAGCGACAAAAGCGAGUUCCCAACCUUCUUGCGGACGGUCCCCAGUGACGCCGUGCAGAUCAAGGCGCUGGUGCGGCUGGUCGGGCGCUUCAAUUGGGCUUGGGUGGGGGUUGUGGCCGAGGACAGCGAGUAUGGCCGCUUUGCCAUAUUAUCGUUCCUUGAAGAAGUUUCAACAUUUGAAACAUGUAUCGCGUUUAUUGAAUUUAUCUCCGCAGCAAGCACUAGAUCAAAGUUGGUCCAAGUGACGGACACCAUGAAAAAGUCAUCAGCUAAAGUGGUGAUCGUCUUUACGUUUGAAAGCGACACCGUGUCUUUGGUGAAAGAAAUGCGGCAGCAGAACAUCACAGACGUUCAGCUCAUCGCAAGCGAGGGCUGGAUCACAUCAGCCCGGCUGUGGACGGAAGAAACACGGGAAAUAUUUGCUGGGACUAUUGGGUUUGGGAUCAGGAGAGAGGACAUUCCUGGUCUGAGAGAGUUUCUCGUCCAAGUUCACCCGUCCUCCGCACCCAACAACCCGUUCGUGGAAGAACUGUGGCUAGAGGUUUUUGGCUGCAGCGUGCAAACUUCCAAUGGGACUGUGAAGGAGACCGCGGCCCGGUACCAACCGUGUACUGGUACCGAGCGCCUGGGGUCGGUUGAGAAUCCCUUUACCGAUGUGACACAGUUAACAAUUGCCUACAACGUGUACAAAGCGGUGUACGCCAUCGCCCACGCUCUUCACAACUUACAAUCGUGUGAAAACGGAAGAGGGCCCUUCGCCAACACAACCUGCGGUCAAAAGACCAACAUUCUACCUUGGCAGCUUUUGCACUAUCUCAGGGAGGUGCAGUUCACCAAUCAGUUCGGAGAGCGAGUCAGCUUUGAUGAGAACGGAGAUCCCAUCGCUUCCUAUGACAUGAUUAAUUGGCAAAGGCGUCCUGAUGGCUCAGUUGACUUUGUGAAAGUUGGAUAUUACGAUGCCGCCCUCCCUGCGGGGGAAGAAUUCGUCGUGGAUGCAGAUGGAAUCGAGUGGCACGGAUCUCGACACAGUGUACCGGUGUCUCUCUGCACUGACUCCUGCGUUGCGGGUACAAGGAAGGUUGCCCGGCAAGGACAGCCCAUCUGCUGCUUCGAUUGCUUACCGUGUUCCGAGGGAGCGAUCAGCAAUCAGACAGAUUCCACGGAAUGCAUGAAAUGUCCGAUAGAUUACUGGUCCAAUGACCGAAGAGACGCUUGCGUUCCUAAACAGAUUGAGUUCCUGUCGUUUGGAGAGAGCAUGGGGGUGACUCUCAUGGCUAUCUCCGUGUGUGGGGCCUGCGUCACGGGAGGGGUCGCGGCUGUCUUCUUGCGCUUUAUAAACACGCCCAUUGUCCGGGCCAACAACUCAGAGCUGAGCUUCCUGCUGUUAAUCUCCCUCAUGCUCUGCUUCCUUUGCUCAAUCGCCUUCAUCGGUCAGCCAACACCCUGGUCAUGCGCGAUGCGCCACACUGUCUUCGGGAUUAGUUUUGUCCUGUGCAUCUCCUGCAUCCUCAGUAAAACUCUAGUGGUCCUGAUGGCGUUCAAGGCCACCCUGCCGUCUAGCAACGUGAUGCGAUGGUUUGGACCGGCCCAACAAAGGUCAAUUGUCUUCAUCUCCACGCUGAUCCAAGUUAUAGUGUGCGCGGUCUGGUUGGCCACGUCCCCGCCAUUCCCCACUCAAAACACCCAGUAUCAAAGCGCAAAGAUCAUUCUGGAGUGUGCAGUGGGUUCCACGCUCGCUUUCUGUUGUGCUUUCGGUUACAUCGGGCUGCUGGCGUGCAUAUGCCUGGUUUUAGCCUUUUUGGGCCGAGCCUUGCCGGACAAGUUCAACGAGGCCAAGUUCAUAACCUUCAGCAUGUUGAUCUUUUUCGCAGUCUGGCUGACCUUUGUCCCAGCCUAUGUCAGCACCCCUGGCAAGUAUACGGUGGCCGUGGAAAUCUUUGCCAUAUUAGCGUCGAGCUUCGGGCUGCUGAGUUGUAUCUUUAUUCCCAAAUGCUACAUUAUCUUAAUCAAACCGGAGGAAAACACGAAGAAACAGAUGAUGGGCAGGGCGGAGAGAUUGUAGAACGGUCCACACGUUCGCCCUCGCCCCUUACUCCCUAAACCCCCCUCACAAGCUUCUCCAUUAUCACGAAGCAGCUCUGUCGGACUUGGGUUUGGCCGCAUUUGGAGUGUUGUGUGCAAGUUCUGGUCGCCCCAUUACAGGAUGUAAAGGCAUGGAAAGGGCGCAGAAGAGAAUUACCAGAACGGUGCCUGGAUUAGGGGGAAUUAGCUACAGGGUGAGAUUGGACAGAUUUGGAUAGUUUUCUGUGAAACGCGGACGGUUGCAGAAUAUCUGAUAAAAGUAUAUAAAAUCAUGAGAGGCAGAGAUUUUAAGUAGUUUUUAUGGAACUUUAAAUCAGACAACCUUGAUUCUAUUUAUAAUACUUGCUAUUGAUAAAACGUGCUUCUUGUAUGUCGUUCUCUGUGUUUGUAGAGUAAUCACAUUAAAUAUUCGUUUCAGUAAUUACAAU